CUCGAAGUUCUUUUUUCGAAUGUUUGUAGAAUUCUGCGUUUCUUUGAUGCGGUUCUGGCCAGCCGAAAGACAUUAAUAAAUCAAAACCCGAUAGUGGAUUUAAUUGCUCUGCUCUAAGGUUGCACUUUAAACACUCUCCAAGGUCCAAACUUCAGCGAACCACGUGAUUAUCUGCCAGCAGACCGACCUGUUGGUUGCUCAUCGAACGUUUUGGUCAUUCUUUUUCGCUCGAUGUGCGGCGUAGAACGCCGAGAUUCUUUCCGCAACCACUAGAGGGGAGUUUGGCGUGGCCGGAAUGUUCUUUCAGGAGAGUUUCAGCAGCAGUGUGGAUUUCCCGACCUACAUCCCUUGGCAAACCCUAUCCUCGGAUUUAUCUGACAAGCUAAAGCAUGGUUCGAUCCGCAUUAAUCGAAGCAACAGGGUGGAGUAUGCCACCAUCCAUGAAGAAGGGACCCCCCUGUUGGAGAACGGGAGCCGAAAGCCAGAAGGUCCGAUCACUGAUGGAUCCGUCAUAACAGAAGCCGUCAAAGGAGGUACCAGCUGGCCUGUCGCCUCCUUUCUCUUGGUAAAUGCCGCAUUAGGGGCCGGUGUUCUCAAUUAUCCAUUUGCCUAUGAUAAGGCUGGAGGCGUCUAUUUUGCUGCCCUUCUACAAGUGCUGAUGAUGGUGAUUUUAAUCAGUACGAUGUUAGUCCUGGUGUACUGCGCAGAUUUGAAUGGGGACACGACGUACCACGAUGUACUGCUCUCCAUGUGCGGCCGAAGGGCUCAGCAGUGCGCCGCGCUCUCCAUUCUACUCACCUGUUUCGGAAUAUGUAUCACCUUCCUCAUCAUCAUCGGAGACCAGUACGACAGAUUGUUUCUCUCUCUUUUUGAAAAAGAAUUUUGUCACAGUUGGUACCUGGAUAGAAGGUUCACGAUUUCCAUAUCCGCUUUCAUUUUUAUCCUACCCAUGUGUUACUUUCAAAGGCUGGAUUUCCUCAGAUAUGCGAGUUCCUUGGGAAUCUUUGCCAUGUUAUAUCCAGUUUUUCUCACCGUAUACGAAUAUUACGUGUUGGGAGUUGUGCCUGGAAAAAUUAAAACUGUGCCAGAUAGUGCUGUUCAAGUCUUCGUAGUCAUUCCUGUGUUCUCAUUCGCUUACCAAACUCACGAAAUCGUUGUUCCAGUCUACGCCUGCAUGAAAGACCGCUCCCUCAAGGCUUUCACCAAGAGCACUUUCCUGGCCAUGGGAUUCUUGUUCUUCGUCUACUGCAUCGCGGGCAGUUUCGGAUACAGCACCUUCGGAAACAAAAUCGCGGCAGACAUCAUGGAACAGUACGACGCCCGGGAUCCGAUCGUUCUCAUCGGAAUCGGAGCCUUAGUCAUCAAAAUGAUCACCACUUACCCUCAGUUGGUGGUGUGUGGCAGAGGUGCCUUGGACGGAUUGUAUGCAGAGUUUGUUAAACUCUCAACUGAUGAUUUUAUAAAAGGGGAAUUCAAGCGAAGGAUCGUCGUCACUUCACUGUGGUUCCUGGCAACAGUCCUGCUAGCGAUUCUCACGCCAAACAUCGGCGUUGUCAUUGAACUUUUGGGAUGCUUGGCGUCAGUGAAUAUAUUUAUUUUCCCAGGAAUCUGCCUGAUAGCCCUGACAUUCCGAGAAGACGAAUACGCGGACAGGUUCCGGAGCAAGGUGAUGUACGGCGUGGCGAGCGCGAUGAUCGCUUUCGGCUUCUUCGUGUUCGGAGUCGUCUUUUCCAAGGUCAUCAUGGUGGACUUCCUGGGGGACCAGCCCGUCGAACAGAGAUUCAAGUGCCGGUGAUGUCCCGAACCGGAGGGAAACUCCGAGGCCGGAGUUCGAAUUUGCCACUGGAGGAGGAUGCGGAGUGCGGUUGGUGCUCAGGCAAAAAGGAGCAGGUGGACUUUUGCGUUGUACAGUUACUGAAAUGUCGAAUUAUACUUGGAUCUACUAGAGAGUGCCUGUAUAAUUUAUGCCAAUUAAACAUUGCUUAUUUUUUAU